CUUUCUCUAUCAAUAAAUUGGAAAAAUAUAGAAAAGGAAAGAACAAAAAGCAACUGAAUGAAAUGAAACGAAGAUGCAAAUGAUGUUGUGUAGAGCCGCGGCAAAGCCCAUGGCCUCCUUCCCUCGUUCCAUGAAGGGGUCGGAGCUGUGUGUAUGGCCGGGGAUGAGACAACUUUGCCUAAGAAAGAAUCUUUUAUAUGGGUUUGUGAGGCUCUUUUCAAUGCCAUUCAAGACCUUGCACAAUGUUAGCCGGAGGCUUGGAGGAGUUUCUAACUUUUGCAGCAUCACCAAUAUGUCAUCGAGUUUGCAGAUUGAAUUGGUACCGUGCCUUCGAGAUAACUAUGCUUAUCUAUUACAUGAUGUGGAUACUGGAACAGUUGGAGUUGUUGAUCCUUCUGAAGCAGUACCUGUCAUAGAUGCAUUAAACAGGAAAAAUUGGAACUUGAAUUACAUACUAAACACUCAUCAUCAUUAUGAUCACACUGGUGGAAACAUGGACUUGAAAGAAAGGUAUGGUGCAAAGGUGAUUGGAUCAGGUUUAGACAAGGAGAGAAUUCCUGGCAUUGACAUAGUUUUGAACGAUGGUGACAAAUGGAUGUUUGCAAGCCAUGAGGUGCUUGUGAUGGAAACUCCUGGUCAUACACGAGGACAUAUCAGUUUCUACUUUCCCGGAUCAAAGUCAAUUUUUACAGGAGACACUUUGUUUAGUUUAUCAUGUGGCAAACUUUUUGAAGGAACUCCCAUGCAGAUGCUCUCUUCCCUCAGGAAGAUUAUAUCACUGCCAGAUGACACUAAUGUGUAUUGUGGUCAUGAAUAUACUUUGAGUAAUUCAAAGUUUGCACUGUCCAUUGAACCUGGAAAUGAGGACUUGCAGUCUUAUGCUAGCCAAGUCGUUCACCUUCGCAACAAGGGCUUGCCAACGAUUCCAACCUCAUUGCGAAAGGAAAAGCUGUGUAAUCCAUUCCUCCGCACCUCCAGCACAGAAAUCAGGCAGUCCUUGAAUAUUCCUUUGUCAGCCGAUGAUGCAGAGGCCUUGGGUGUUAUCCGCCAAGCCAAGGACAACUUUUAGGUUAUGCAAAGAAGUUGCACUAUUUAACGAGCCAGAGACGUGUAAAAGUCGUGUGCAUGAUUUGUGAAAUAAAGAUGACGCAUCACAUCUUGGCCUACUACUGGAAAGUUGGUUUAUCCUUGUAUCUAAACAAAUUCCGAUAGUCAAAAUUUUAUUUUGCAUCGUCUUUGAUUCUAAGUUACGCAGAAAACUUUGGCUUCGACUUGAAGACGAAAUUAUGUGUAGCGAAUUACAGAUGAUAUAUUGAAUGUUCUGCUGCCUCUUAAUUCGAAAAUGGAUGUCUUUUGUUCUU